GGGCAGGACUCCAUCUCCCUGCAUGCAGUGUGGAGCUUUAGGGAGGAGCUGGACUCUAUCACCCAACAUACACCGGGGCUUGCCUCAAUUUCCCAUCAGCCUUUGUGCCUGCCUAGUGACUCUGUUUUUAUCUCUCACUCUCUCUCUGGACUGCCUACAAGGAGGGGAACCCAGGCUGGCAGUUCCUCUUUCCUUCAACCCUUCCACCCUCCCAUUUCCAUCCCAGAGUUCAGAAAGAGCUCAAGUGUCUGGGCUCCCAGCUCCGUCUGGUCCCACCUCCCAGCCUCUGCAGAACCCAGGUGGCUCUGUGGGACCCUCCCAAGGAGCCUAGGGCCAUGGAGGAGGUGGACAAGAUCCUCAUCCACUCGCUGCGGCUUUUGGGCACGGAGGUGCCUGAGGAGGUGCAGUGUGUUGGGGACUUCAGCACGGAGCUGAUUGUGGAGGCCGUUGUGUGCUGCCUCCAUGUCAUUGACCCCAUGCUGGGCAUUGGCCUCAGUCCCAGCCUCCCGCCUGGCAUGUCAGCCCGGUUCCGCCUCGGCACCCGCCUUGCUCAGGCCUGCCAGGUGCUAGGGGCCCCCGGGGAUGUGGGGUACCAGACCUUCCUGUACAGCACAGAGCCUGAGAUCCGGCGCCUCCUGCUCUUCCUGGUGGAGAAGCUGCCGCGGGAUGAAGCUGAGGACCCUGGGCACCCUCAUGGGAAAUCAGCUGUGCUGCUCAGGGCCUUGGCAACCUGCAUCCAGGAGCAGCUGGAGACCCCAUGGGUGCCCCCUGCCUGCCGCUCUCCCUGGCUCCAGCGCCUGCAGGGGAGGGGUAUGUCGGAGGGUGCUCAGCUCUGACACUGCCUCUUGUCCACAGAGCGCCGGGAGUACUUUCAGGUGCUCUUGCCCCCCGUCCCCCAGCAGCUGCCCCCCUGCCCCGGGCCAGCCCCUUCCCUGAUGGAAGCUCACACUGCCCAGCUCACUGCCAAGCUGCCCUCCCAGGAUCAGACCUGGGGGCUGGGGGGCAACCGGCUGAGGCAGCCAGUUCCAGCGGGGCGGGGCAUGCCCCCAUUGCGGUGCCGUCUCCUGGAGCAGCUGCGCCAAGCUUGUACUCCCCUGGGCGGACGCCUUCCACCUGCCCCAGGGGCUCCAGACCUGACUCGGCUGCUGGGAUCAUUUGGGGCUGGGGGGGGCCUUGGGGGCCCCACUCUGACUAAGGGGUCCCGGUUCACUCGUGCCCAGCGCCUGGCCCAUCAACAGGGCCCAGAGACGCUCACGGAGCAGAUGCAGGUGGCAGCUGAAUCUCUGGCUUCAUCUAAGACCUCAGAGCAGGAGGUGCAGGCCCGGCAGGAAGAGGAGUUGGGAGCCCUGUGGGCUGAGCUGGGGCAGCUGGAGGCUGAGAUUGCUGGCUUGGGUGGGGAGGUGAAAACCCUGGAGCUGCGACUGGUGCAGAUGGAGACAGACGCAUCUCAGCGGCGCCAGGCCCUAGGGAGCCGGGAGUGGAGCCUGCGCCUCAAGCGUCGCACAGUGGAGCUGCUGCCUGAUGCAGACAGCAACCUGGCCAAGCUGCAGCUGGUGGUAGAGAGCAGUGCCCAGCGCAUCCUGGCACUGGCAGGGCAGUGGGAGCUGCACCGGCGCCCCCUGCUGGAUGAGUGCCGGCGCCUCAAAGGGCUGCGAGACACCCGCCAGGUGAGAAGAUCACGACGCCUGCAGGAUAUCAAGGCCUUGCAUGAGUGGCAUCGAAGUGCGGCUACUGAGGCCCAGCGUAAGGAGGAAUUGUACCAGCAGCUGGUGCUGGAGCUGGAGGGGCUGCCUCGUGCUGUGUCCCGGGCUGCCUACACCCACCGCAUCCUGGAGAUUGUCAGUAACAUCCGCAAGCAGAAGGAGGAGAUCAAGAGGGUGCUGUCGGAUACGCGGGGGCUGCAGAAGGAGAUAAAUGGUCUGACAGGGAAGCUGGAGCGGACCUUUGCUGUCACUGAUGAGCUUAUCUUUAAGGAUGCCAAGCGAGAUGAGUCGGUGCGAAAGGCUUACAAGUACUUGGCUGCACUUCACGAGAACUGCUCCCAGCUGAUUCAGACAAUUGAGGACGCCGGUAGCAUCCAGAGAGAGAUCCGGGACCUGGAAGAACAGAUUGAGAGCGAGUCAGGGGCCAAGAUGCCUGCCAGCUUGGAGCGAAUCCUGGGGGAUCUCCAGGCCCUAAGGCAGGAGAAUGCCAGUCUGGCUACCCGUACCCAUGAGGCCUGACCCUGCCCCCUCUGAACGCCCACUUGUCUCCCCAUAGUACUGCCAGACUUUGGGGACAAAGGUUACAGCUGCUUGGCCUCCCAUACUCAGUUGCCAGGGGGAUCUACUUUGCCUUCAUUGCCAGGAUGCAGCUGAUUCUGGGGCAUGGUGUUCAAUUGUAGCAAGUGUAAUAAAGUCCUCACUAUCUGCAGA